AUGUCCGGGACUCACCGCUCUCUGGACCCAGCCUCCGCCCCGCCUCCUCCGAGGCCGCCUCCACAAGAACUACUUGACCGCUUCUCUGAGGCACAGCGCUCCAGCUUCAUGCGAUUGUGGGCUCGGCUGCCCGCACAUAUGCACGACAUCGCUUUCGAUCUACACAAUCCGGGAUGGACACCGGAGGCUAUUGAUCGUUUGGCCGACGCCCUUGUGGAGUAUUCUGACGUGUUCACUACUUCGAAAACCGAUUUUGGUUCCUGCACCAUAAUGCCGUUCACGCUUUCUGUCCCAGCAGGGACGAAGCCCGUUGCAUCACGCCCGUAUCGUAUGAACCCGUUGAUGCAAAAGAAAGUGGAUGUCGUAUCGGACCAGUAUUUGGCGGCAGGGCUCAUUCAACAUUGCACAUCUCUGUGGGCUUCUCCUUUAGUUGUCAUCCCCAAGAAGGACGGAUCUGUUCGCAUCACCGUCAACUACAAACGUCUCAACGCUCUGGUGGAUUUGGAUGGACAAUCCCUCCCUCGAGUGGACGGUAUCUUGGAUUCUCUGUACACCGGGAAAGUGCUCUCCAUCUUCGACCUCAACUCGGCGUUCCACCAGAUCGUUUGUGAUGAAGACACUGUCNAUUAG